GAGCAGAGCCGAUCCAGCCUGCACAGUGGCCCGUUCAUUCUCAGGCCGGGUAGGACCCCAGCAACAACAGCGAGAGCGGUUCAACCUGUGAGGAUUGGGCUCUACAAUCGCUAUCCAUCCUUCGAAUAAGCAACUCUUCGUGGAAAUAUUUCACUGCCGCUGAUCAGAAGACACACACAGUUUUUCCAUCGAAUCAGAAGGCACUGGGAAGAGGCGCAAAGAAAAAUUUCCAUACUCGAUGACAUUACAUCGCAAUGUCCGAUCGUUUGGGGCAAAUAACCAAGUCCAAGGAUGGGAAAAGCAAGUAUUCCUCACUCAGCCUAUUUGACAAGUACAAGGGAAAAUCAAUAGAAACUCAGAAAAACACAGUAGUUCCGCGACAUGGCUUGCAGAGUCUUGGAAAAGUGGCCACAGCCCGGCGCAUGCCCCCACCUGCUCACCUACCGAGCUUGAAGUCUGAAAACAAAGGAAACGAUCCCAACGUGAUUAUAGUGCCCAAAGACGGUACAGGAUGGGCGAACAAGCAGGAACAACCCGAGCAAAAGAGUUCUUUUGCAUCAAUACCACAGCUGCAGGAGUUGCAGCCGCCGCUGGCUUCACAGAAAUCUGUCUCCAAUCUUCAGAAGCCCUCACCAGUAGCCAUCCAGGAGAACACAAACACAGGUGGACCAAAGCAAUGGGCCCAGCUAAAUGGAAAGGCAGUAGAGCAAGAUGGUUUAAGGGCCUCAAACCGACUUCAGCCCUUCUCUCACGAGGAAUUUCCCACGCUGAAGGCAGCUGGAGAACAGGACAAGGCUGGCAAGGAAAGAAGCGGCUUCGAUCCGUCGUAUGGGCCCGGACCAAGCCUCCGCCCCCAGAAUGUGACGAGCUGGAGGGAAGGUGGUGGCAGGAACCUUCAGCCCUCGUCACUGACCCUCGGCCUGCCAGCAGAUCCCGAGGGUAAACUCACUGCCCUGGGUGAGACUGGCACCCCCCCAGCCACAUCUCACCCCACCUCUGCCACCGGCACAACCUCCGCCAGUGCGGCGACGCCUCAGUCGCCAGGCCUUGACCCCAAGGAGCCUUCCUUGCGCCCCGCCCAGCCAGUCCGCAGAACGACCGUCCCCACUGCCCUGCAGUACCAGCUCCACCACACUUCAACCGCUGUCUACCACGACAUGCUGCCUGCAUUUAUGUGCUCUAAAGAGACACGUGAAGCCCCGGGGACUGACCAUGUUCCGACCACCGUAGCAGCCCCAGCCCGAUUCGACAGCAAACCCACUUUCAGGCAGAGCUAUGCCAAACCCGAACUUGUCAAUGGAGAGGUACGACGAGAGAACCGAUUUGUCCGUGCUCCGCCUCGACUGUCUUCCCAGCCCAUCCGUAGGCCCGGUGACAGGCCGCUCCGACCAGCCAUUAUUAACCCGGAAGAUUUGAAGGAUCUAGACGAGCUUGACAAUGACUGUGAAGACGGAUGGGCUGGACUUCAUGAGGAAGUUGAUUAUAGUGAAAAGCUCAAGUUCAGUGACGAUGAAGAUGAACACAAUUCCAGCGAUAAAAACAAGAUGUGGACUGAGUGGGAGAGGGAGAGAGAGAACCAGCGGGACUGUCAGUCCUCUCUGAGUUCUGGAGAGGCAUCUUAUCCUCUAGAGGGCCCCGAGGAGAGUUAUUCCUACCAACAUCAUCACCACGAGCCUCCCAGGAAGACCAGCAGCAGAUAUCUCUCCACGGACAGCCAGAAAGCCCUCGGUGAGCCGCUGGCUGACCAGGAUGAUCACCAGCGACAGCCUCACUCUCAGACACUGGCCAGGACAAAGUACGUGUCGCCUGAGCUGUCUGAGGCUGUGGAGAGAGCCCGCAGGCGGCGGGAGGAGGAAGAGAGGCGUGCCCGCGAGGAGCGGCUUGCUGCCUGCGCAGAAAAACUCAAAAAGCUGGACGAGAAAUUUGGGAAGACUGAAAGACAGACGUCGCGAUCUGAGGACGGUCAGAAGGAGGGAGAGGGCAAAGAAGUCCCCCUGUCCCCAAACAGGGAACAAGAUAAAGCCCAUCAUGAAAACUGGCAAUACAGCACAAAGGAUGGAAGCGAAUGUCCACCAGACAACUCCCCUGGCCACAGUUACCGUGACGAGCCUGCUUUCUCUGCCUACCGUGGCAGUGAGGAUGAUGGCCAGGAGCCCUCCUCUCCCUCGGGAGACUACAGUGGACGUCACCCCUCCAAGCCAGUCCCACCUCGCUUUCAGAAGCAGCCGCAGCACCACCAGCAGCAGGAAGUGUUCAAAAUGCCGCAUUGGCAGCAGUCUGGUCACCCUGCUCCAUCGAGUUCCAGCCAUGCCCAGCGGGGAUUUUAUCCCCCACACGUCCUUGGGUUUGAUCCCCGCUGGAUGAUGAUGCCCCCCUUCAUGGAUCCCCGCAUGGCCCAAGGGCGAUCUCCUGUGGACUACUAUCCUGGUGCCGUCCACUCCUCAGCGGGAAUGGUAAAACCAAUUAUCCAUCAAGACCACUUGAAUAGUCCCGGUUCUGAUGAAGGAUGCCAUCCUAACCUGCAUCAGGAGAGACGAACACCUUCUACUGAGAAUUAUCCCAUGUGGAGUCAAGAUGGCUACCCCUUGCGCAGCUUUACUCCGCCUUACCAGAGACAGCAUGAGAGUUCAGAUAAUGGCCAGCCUGAUGACAGAAGUGAUCUGACCUCUUCCCAGCAGGACUCCUAUGAAGACAGGGCCAACGACUGUUUGACUCACGCUCAGGACGAUCUCUCCCACCAUUCUUACCACAGCCGGGGCUCUGACAGAGAGCAUCACGACCAAGGCCUGCUCACCACCGCUCAGAGCCUCUCGCAGAAUCAUUCAGACAAUGAAUAUUCAAAGCAGGACUCGAGAGACAAGCAUCUUAAGGAGGGCCUUGAACCUCACGACGAGGCGUUGGAUGGCUCCAAGGACAACUGGAAACGAGAUGGACAGAAGCAAGACGGAGGACUCGGCAGUGCCCAGAGCCAGUGGUCUGAAGUCAGCUCCAGUUCCAGCAGCAGUGUCAGCCAGCCUUCAGAGAACAGCGGGCGGACGUUGACUCGCAGAACUGGGCCCAUAAAGAAACCAGUGCUUAAAGCUCUGAAAGUGGAGGACAAAGAAAAUGAGAAGCCCAAACCCGAGCCCGAGGAGAAGCCUGUCCCCUACCGCCUUGAGAAAGAAGUCCUCACCAACGUCUAUGACUUGAAGAAAGAUAACCAGCCUGCCAACAGCAGACGCUCAGCCUCACCUGUGGUUGAGAAGCAGCCCGAAGAGAGGCAGCAUCCGUCACCAGCUCCAACUAAAAUAGAAAGGCCUCUAAGCACUCUGAGUGAUGACCCUCCCAAGGAGAACCCGUGGGGGACUGGCAAGAGCCAGCCACCUCGAGAGAGCCUGGAAAACCGAGAACCUCAGGCACCACGGCGCAGCAACUGGAUCUUCAUCGAUGAAGAGCAGGCCUUCGGUGCCGUCAGGGGCACAGGUCGAGGCCGCAGCCGGGGCUUCAGAGAGUUUAGCUCUAGAGGUGGAACCCGCGGAGGCCGAGGAGCAGAUAACCUCAGAGGGGCAUUCAACAACAACAACAACAGCAGUGGCAGUGGUGUUCAGCGGGCAGGCCGAGGGCGAGCGCCCCCCAGAGACAUUAUCAAGGUGGAGGAGUUCCAGAGAGGCAAGCCCCGCAGGCGAAAUGUCAGUGAGACCUUGAGUGAAGCCUCCGAGUAUGAGGAACUGCCGAAACGCCGUCGCCAGAAAGGCUCUGAAAACGGAGAAGGCUACUCCGAGGCGGGAGAGAUCCGUAAAGCCGACAGAGAAUCGUGGCGGUCCAAUAAAGUGUACUGCGACGAGCAGGCGGCCUCGGAUUCCAGAGAAAAGACCAAAGUCACCAGGAGCUUUGGAGGCCGCGUCCUGCCUCCCAGACUGAACACCACUGGCAGUUACAGUCGCAGCUACGGAGGAUCCAGGGACAUUUCCACAUGGCGAGGUCGUGGGCCUCAGUUCAGCAGCGGCGGCGGCGGCUCCAUGCAGGAAAAUGGUUACGGUCCCGGAGUUGACACUGCUUACUCCCGCAGACCUCCAGUUGAACGCGACGGCCUGAAAUACACUCCUAAAUUUACUGGCUCCUUCAUGGAAAACGGUACAGAGGACCGCGACGGAGAGUACUAUUUUGACAACGACAACCCCGACAGGCAGAUGUUAAGGCGGCGCCGUCCUCCGCGCCAAGACAAGCCCCCACGCUUCCGCCGUCUGCGUCAGGAGCGUGAACCCGGCUCCAAUCAGUGGACCAGCGACGAGUACGUAAACGGAGACUUCGCAAACCCCUGGCCGGGUCGCUCCAAAAGCAGCGGUGACGAUAACUGGCCCAGCAGUCACUACGCUGGACGCUCCGGCCAAUACGGCCAGACGGAGGAAUGGGAGACGGGGUCAGACAACAGCGACUUCAGUGACUGGAGAGAGAAGCGAGGUGGGAGCGGCGGCGUAGCAACCCAAGGUCACGGCGACGUCCCCUCAGACUCGGGCCCCAACGAACCAGGCUCGGGUGAGAAAAGGGAACUGUCCAAGAGAAGCUUCUCCAGUCAGAGGCCGCUGGUGGAACGGCAGAACAGGAAAGGAGAGCCGUCACUGCUGGAGGCCACCAAGAUGGUGCGAGCGCCUGAUCCUCCCACCUCCUCCGCCAGCAGAAGCGACACUUGGCAGAACGGAGGGACUUCUUGUAAGAGCCGAAGUCCAGAUGAGUCGGGUCCGGUCUACAGCAUCGAGCAGCCACCCGAGGACCGGGAACCCAGCGAACCCACAGGGAAGAAAAUAGACAAGGACCUGAAGUCCGGAUCUGGGAAAGCAGAUAUUGCUGAGCCUCUGUCCCAGUAUGAACUCAGCAGCUACCCAAUUGAAGGCGACACAGGUGGACCAGGCUCAAAUUCAGAUGGAUACCAGGAUGCUUUGACCAAAAAGCAAAGGCGUCCACAGGAGGAUGAGAGGAGGAGGAAAGAGCAGGGAGCUGCUGUACCCGUGAAAAACAGGCCAAUGACAUCCAAAAUACCGCCACGCUUUGCCAAAAAGCAGGGAAGCAUGAGCAUCGAACAACCCGAGGAAGCAAUUUCUUCAAAUAAUCUUGGAACAGAAAUCUGGGAAACAAACAGCUCAGCUCUGUCAGUGCAGUCUUCAGGAGGAGACUCGUGGACCAAGCAGGUGUCUUAUACUGGGAGCGAGCCCAACUCUGAGGACUCUGAUGCCGGCCCCGAACAAAGUAAAGAACAGCACAAGCCCGGGCCCAUCGGAAACGAGCGCUCCCUGAAGCACCGCAAGGGCUCCGAAGGUGUUGAUAGGCUGGAGGGCGGUCCCAUCACCCCAGUCAAUGGCGUGGAUCUCCACGUGGACACUGUGCUGCCUGUGCCUCCCAUUGAGUUUGGCGUCAGUGCCAAAGACUCUGAUUUCAGCCUGCCGCCAGGUUCCACCCCAGUGCCCGUUUCCAACCCCGUGAACAAGCUUCAGGACGCACUCACCACCAACACGACUCUUAAUCAGAGUAUCCCCAUGUUGCGCUCCAACCACCUGCAACCUGGCAUCAAUCUCAACCCGAUCACCUUCCCCAGCGCUGACCUCACUCUCAAGAUGGAGUCGGCGCGCAAAGCGUGGGAGAACUCGCAGUCUCUCCCUGAGCAGGGCUCUCCCGGUGGGGGUGCUUCAGGUACUCAGCCUCCCUGCAGUGCCGGCUCAUCCACCGGAGUCAGCUACAGUUCUUUUGGAGGCGUUUCCAUGCCUCCCAUGCCUGUUGCGUCAGUGGCUCCUUCAAUGUCAAUGCAAGGUAAUCACAUCCCUCCACUGUAUCUGGAUGGCCACGUGUUUCAGAGCCAGCCGCGCCUCGUGCCACCCGCCAUGACCCAGCAGCAGACGUACCAACAGGCGGCUGCAGCCCAGCAGAUCCCCAUCUCUUUGCAUACCUCUCUUCAGGCUCAGGCUCAGUUGGGGCUUCGAGGAGGUCUUCCCGUGUCGCAGUCCCAGGAGAUGUUCAACUCCAUUACCCCCUUUAGGUCGCAGGUUUACAUGCACCCCAACCUGUCGCAGCCAAGCCCCAUGGUGCUGUCAGGCGGGGCCCCUCUCAAAGGCCCAUACUCUGCUUUCCCGGGCAUGCAGCCCUCAGACAUGGUGAAACCACAGUCGGGCUCCCACUACCAGCCGAUGAACGGCAGCCAGCAGCUGGUGUACGACAGCCCGAUCAAUCAGGGCCCAGGAAUGGGCUCUUCACAACUCAUGGACUCUCAGCUGAUCCAGGUCACGAUGCCGCUGCCUGGCUCUCAGCUGCGUUACGGUUCAGCUCAGCAGCAUCUCAUCCUGCCUCAGUCCAUCCAGCUGCAGCAGGGGCAGAACUUGUCUGUGGGAGCCCCGCGUCGGAUGUUACCUCCGGGAUCCCAGGCCGCUGUCAUGAGUGGCAGCAGAGAGGGCUCCCAAAUGGAAAUGAAAGGAUUCCAGUUCUCUGAUAAGCCCAAUCACUCUUCAGGCAUAUCUGGAGGUUCCUACAGGCCGGGGUCUGCCAGUCCCAGUGGAAAGCCCUCUGGACCCGGGGGGCCGGUGGGCCCUCUGCCUACCCAUUUCAGUCAGCAGGUCCCACCUGCUCAGGGCAGCAUGGUGAUGCACAUGCGCCCCCCCACCACAGGCCCCUUCCCCAACCCCAUCCAGAGACCUGUCAUGCAGGUCAACAAGCCCGUCAUCAUCCGUCCCCCCCCUUACACUAACCCCGGCCGCGACCCCUCCCACUCCACCCCUCCUUCGGCCCCCGAGCCCCCAGUUAAAGGGCCAGAGGAUGGCAUGAAGAGUAAAACCAUGCGGGACAUACGCAAGGCAGUGGGAGAAGGCAAAGCGCCAUCUGGGGGCAUGACCAGCAAACUCCAGGAGCCCCUACCCUCCGCAGGGUCAGCCAAACCAGCACGCACUGGAGCCAUCAAACCCCAGGCUGUCAAAGUAGAAGAGGGCAAGGCGUAACAACGGACCUUUAAAAAUCCUCGCCAUCACCAAGCCUGCCGACACAAACGGCCCCCGGCCCGCCCCCCCCCCCCCCCCCCCCCCCCCUCCCCGACCAGAGCCUGAGCCUUGUCAAGACCCACCGUUAUCCCACUCAGCAAGGCGAGGGGCGCACACACAACAGACAUCAUACGGAAAGGCCUCGCUCGAACUUUCUGAACUGGACACUUACGUCACACCACCUAUAGAGAUAUAUAAAUAUAUAUAAAUAUAUGCAUACACACAAACAGUCUUUUAAGCAGAUCUCUUCAAGGUCCUCUUUAAUUUAUUCUUAGUCACUUUUAAGGGGAGAUUGGUAAAGAGACAAUGGUUUUUUUUGUGUUAUUUCUCUGAAGUGGGAUAAAGGAAAAUGACCGUCUCAACAUGGCUCAUUUUCCAAACUGUUUUUUGCCAAACUGUAUUUACUCCUAUUGACGGACUGUAGCCCUUAAGACCAAGUGGACACUUGGUACAAGUUAUUAUCUGAAGCAAAGUCUGUUAAGAUUUUUAAUCGAUUUGAAAUGCAGUGGGGCAUUUUUGUCAUAUAUUUCUUUGGUGUUUUGCUGGUAAAUAAAGUUUGGAGUCAUUCAUGAUAUUGGUAAAGGACUUAUUUUAUUAACCCAAAAAAGAAGAAGAACAAAAAAAAAAGUCAUCCUAACUCAGAUUUGUUGGACAUCUUUGCAUGUCGACAUAGCGAAAGUGAAGUGCAUCACCCAGAGACGUCUUCUAAGGGGACUUUACACACAAGAACUAUGGCAAAACUGCUUAGAUUGAUAGAAACGAUUUUUUAAAAUGGUAUUUGGCUCUUCUUCCCCCCCCCCCCAUUCUGUUGCUCUUUGUAUGUGAAGUGAAAGAAAAAGAAAAAAAAAAAGGAUGGAGGUUUUACCAAAAUCAUGUUGCUUCCAUCGGAACUUCACCGGCGUUGAUGCAGCGUGUGCAUGCGAUGUGCUGAACGUGUGUUUACCGCGGGACUCUUUCCUAGACGCUAGCAACAUUUUACAAAAGAGACUUUCUGGAUUCACAGCCGUCGUGCCGACUUCACAGCUGUGUGGAUUUUUUUGGUCAAGCGGCCUGGCGUCGGUUCAGACGGCGUGAGGACGAUUUCACAUUUGCUGUAAAUGAUCCCAAAACAGCUGAAUGAAAUAUUUGCUUUCUUAUCGCUUUGCUUGGGUUCUAAUGAAUCAAAUACUCUGUUAUAAACACAUGUGACAUUUAUUUACAUCCAGAAACAAGGAGUGUGUGUUUUUUUUGUUUUUUUUUGUUUUUUUUAAAGACUCCUGAUAUAGUUUUCUUUCAUUUUGUUUAAGUUCCACAUUGUGAAGAAAUACACGAUGUGGUCUCUGAGGUGGCACUAGCAAUAAAUGCAACCUAACUGUAAUCACAAUCAGGGUCCAAAACACUUUUUUUUUUUUUUUUUUUUUUUUUGGGUUCCUCUUCUAUUCGGUGAUCACAAAUGAGGGGUGUUUAGCAACGCUUGUUGAAUUAAAAUACAAUCUUGGCUUCAGCUUUUCUUUUUCUGUGAGCACAGCAGUUCAGCGAACUUCGAAGGACUUUUUAAGUGUUUGUUCUAUUCGGAAAUGUGAAGCUGUUGAGAUCUUUUUUUUUUUUUUUUUUUUUUUUUUUUUGUAAUGGACACUCGUUUUGAAACUCACCAACGCCAAUGUCAUAACCGGUCAAAUGUUACUGCUUACUAUAAUGCUUCAUAACACUACAAAAAUGUUUGACAGUGUUUCACUGCUAUAUGUGUAUAUGCAUACUUAACUGUACAGUCGAGCCUUGUCACGGAGGGGAGGCUUAAACCCACAUUUCAUUUUAGAUAUUGUGGCACUAUGAAGAUUUAAUGUUGAAAAAAGGUCACUGUGUUCUCAGAAUGGACUGCUUUCACAUGUUGAUAGGUCUCUCGGGCUUGGAGUGUUUUUGCCUCUUUAUCCCUUACUGCAAAAGAUUUUGAUGCUUCUCAUUGUACCUACACCAAAAUGUUUCCUUCAAGUUUUUUUUUUUUUUUUUUUUUGGUAUUUUUAAGAUGCAUAUUUCAUUUUUUCUUUUUUCUUUUUUUUUUUUUGUCAGAGGACCAGUGCUUUCUACAGCUGAUCCAGCAUUUUAUUUAUCCUACCUGACCUUUAUCCUUUUAGGUAUUUGGUCAUUACCCUCCCUUGUU